CUGACGGUCCCCUGGGGUCUACGACACGAAAGAAAGUUUGGGAACCUCUGGCUGCUCCUAUGAUGCCUUGUUGGAAGAGCGGCAGCAACAGGAGGCAACAAGGAGGAGGCACUUGGACACUAUACGCGCCCAUCUCGCUGACUAUCAAGAAAAUUCAAAACAAGUUCUCAUUGGAUCGAUACUCGUCGGUGACGCUGUACAAGAUGGUGGAGGAACGCGUCUCGAACAUGAACACCACAACUCUGAUGGUGGGCACCAACUUCAAGGUGGGCAAGAAGAUCGGAAGCGGUAAUUUCGGGGAGCUGAGACUGGGAAAGAACGUCUUCACGAACGAGCACGUUGCCAUCAAACUGGAGCCGAUGAAGACGAAAGCGCCCCAACUUCAUCUCGAGUACAGGUUCUACAAGAUGCUGGGAGCUCGGGACGGAGUACCGAAGGUCUACCAUAUGGGCGUUUGCGGCGGCAGAUACAAUGCGCUCGUGAUGGAACUGCUCGGUCCGAGUUUGGAGGAUCUCUUCAACCUGUGCAACCGUCACUUUCGGCUGAAGACGGUGCUGAUGAUCGCCGAUCAGACUUUGGAGAGGAUCGAGUACGUGCACAACAGACGUUUAAUAUACAGGGACAUCAAGCCGGAGAACUUUCUGAUCGGACGCAGCAGGAACAACAAGGACAAGGUCGUCUACAUCAUCGAUUUCGGUUUGGCCAAAGAGUACAUCGACAAGGAGAAGAACAAGCAUAUACCUUAUAGAGAGCACAAAUCGCUCACAGGAACCGCAAGAUAUAUGAGCGUAAACACGCACUUGGGACGUGAGCAAUCACGACGCGACGAUUUGGAGGCUCUGGGACACAUGUACAUGUACUUUUUGAGAGGAUCGUUGCCGUGGCAGGGUUUAAAAGCGGACACCCUCAAGGAGAGGUAUCAAAAGAUCGGCGACACUAAACGGACGACACCGAUCGAGACUCUGUGCGAGGGUCAUCCCGAGGAGAUGGUCACCUACAUGAAGUACGUGCGGAAACUGGACUUCUUCGAGACUCCCGAUUACGAUUAUUGCCGACGUUUGUUCAAGGAUCUCUUCGAGAGGCGCGGUUACACCGACGACGGCGUCUUCGAUUGGUCCGGUCUGUACUCAUCCACCGGAGACGACUAGU